CAUUUCGGCGUCGCAAUUUAAUAGAUAGUUGAGUUGGAGUAUCAGAAAUAUCAUAGCAUUUGUAAGGCAAGUCGGUAAAGAAUUGUAGUCAUUAUACCAACGAAAAGGACUAAAAUGAGGCAAUUACUUUUGUUGGCGUUCUUUAUCCCGGCAGCUAUUGGCCUGAAGUGUUACAUUUGUGGGAUAGGGGAUGAUCCUAAAUGCUCGGACAGUCAAGAUCCAGAACUACGGACUUGCAAUAAGGGGGACAAUGCUUGCUUUUACACGAAGAAAAAAACAGAUAACGUUAUCACAUCACGGGGAUGCGCCGAUGCCAAAACUACUACUCAAGGUACCUGUUUUGAAUUUAAUGGCGUCCAGAUCUGCACAACUGUAUGCAAUACAGAUGGCUGUAAUCAUGGAUCUACACUAAAGAGCAAUAUGGUGUUCUAUAUGUUUAUGAUUGUAUUGUCAAUUUUGCUUCAUCAAAUUCUAGUGUAGAUUAUAUUUCUAUUGCCAAUAGAAUCAAGCUGAAAUGAUUAUCAUAAUUAGUGUUGUUUAUUUACGUCGUGUUGAGAUACUUAUUGAGUUUUCCUUUGAUUUCGAUAUAAUAUUCAACCAUUGAUACGAAAACAAUGACGGCAUGCUGAAGAUAUUUUAAAGUUUGGUGUUUUGCGCUACUAUUUGUUGAAAUUAGUCAUAAUACCAUAUCGUUUAAAAAUAUAUCAUUAUAGCUUGUUUAUCAAUUGUUCAACGAACUUAGCAUAAUAAAAGUACAGCAAUCGAAA